GUAUCCGGCAUUUAAGUAUUCCCCUCGAUGAACUCACAAAAUAUCUCAGACUCGGAAGAAGAUGACACUGUCUUUACCUUUUCAUCUGCGCCUAGGGCACUUCCUCCUGACGCACGAGCUCGAGAAGAUGAGUUCCGUCUGCAGAGCCGCGGCAACGCCACAACUCCCAUCCAGCAUCUGCCUAACGAGAUCAUGUCGGAAAUAUUUAUGUUUUGGGCCUAUGGCGGUGGGCCCUCUCGAGGUCGGACUGCUCGUCAUCUCAGCACUGUUUGCACGGGAUGGAGAAACAUCGCCAUCACCGACCCCCGUCUGUGGACUCAUCCCAAUCUCAUCUUCCGCGGAUGACGCUUGACAGACGAGUCGAUCACUGUCCUCGAGGAGAUCUUGCUCAGGUCACAGCCCUGCAAAUUUUCUUUGAGACUCAACUCUCCGGAUCCACAAACGCCAGGCUUGGAACGCAUAUUGUUAGCGGUCAUAUCGAGCAUGGAGAGGCUAGAGAGCCUUACGAUGGUAUUGCCAGAAACCGCACUCCAAACACUCAAUCAAUUUACACAGGAGUCGCGCUCUCUGCCAGCCCUCAAAUUCUUUAAAUACGAGUCCAACUUGGAUUCCCCGGCCGACCUGGAUGUCGUCUUUCCUGUCGCGCCGGUGCUUCAAAAGGUCAGGUUGCAGUACCGGACUCGCGGUAUAGUUCGUCAUUGGACCAUGCCAUGGCACCAACUCACCACUUUCAGAUCUCACCGACUGUUCUCUUCACUCAGUGAAGCGCGCGACACCCUACUCGCCUGCUCUUCCGUCGCACAUUGUACGAUGUUCUACAUCCCUUACCCAGAUCCGGGCGAAAUCACAUCCCC